AUGAACUCCUUGAUCAGAGGCUGGAUCCUACUACUUUCUAUUCUUAUCACUGAAGCUGCUGCUCAGAAUUGCGUCCUCAAUGUGCCCGCCAAUCCACUAAGCGCUCGAGGAUUGGCGACGCCGUAUACCGUCACUGGCUGCAACCAGAUCGAUUUCUCGAAUCAAGGAUCGUUUGUCGAAGCAGUCAUCUUUGACCCCGCGACCAACAAUCUGUCGGUUUACAAUCCCUUGGUUGUGAACAAAGGAGCUGUUGCGGGAAAAGACUUUAUCAAGCCCGUACCCGUUAAUGUUCCCCGGGGGUCUACAGUGGGAAUCUGGUUUGGCACCAAUGCCGUUAGCUUAACUCUAGCCGGAGAUACACGUGGAUGUGUGAACGGUCUCGGGGGUUCGAUCUUUGGUCAGUUCGCACACUGUAAUGGAGACGUCUUUAUGAAGACAGCAGAGGCCGCAGUAGCUGCCGGGAAAUUAAAGAUUGCAUCUCCGGGAACAGCUGCUAAUGGAGGAGCCGAAUGCCCCACGGUUCGAGAUUUUCGAGUGGUGGACAUGGAUCAAUCGGACAAUGUGGACUCGACGUAUCUUUUGAUCAAUGGGAAAGUUCUCGCUCAAAACACUCCGGCAAACAAAAAAGCAAACCCCACUGCAGAGGAAUUGACUAAUGGGUCCGAUAAUGCAUUGAUCAACGAUUUCAUUGCUCCAGCUUUGGGAUGCACGCCGCUAACGUCUCCAUCGCUCACAUCUCCAUCUGGUCAAAGUGGCUCCCUUGCUACCAACGAGCUGCAAGCGAAUUUCUUUCCUCCUGCCGCCGGACCGGCUCUCGUCCCUUUGAACGACGAUUUCACUGUCAUCAACAGCAAUAAUCAAAUUACCCAAUCCUUGCAAAAGACCAACCUCUACCGUGCGGGUGUGGGUCAGCCCCUGGCGUUGAAUACAGCCAAUGCCUCCGGCACUACAUACUGCAAGCAAUACGCAUCGUCUGGUAUUUUUAUUGCGCAGAAUCAGGCUUUGUUCACCGGCCAGACAAGCCCAGCGACGAACGUGGCUAACAAUCUCUUCACUUUCAUGGCCCAACGGUUCUCCCAGUCAUUCGGCCCCGUGCCCGCCUUGGGCUGUCAGACUAUCUUCGGAGUCGAUAAUCCAGUCACUCUGACAACUGAUGGUAACGGAAUCGUUACCAACGCAAAGAUCAAUACUGCAGUUCUCUCUUCCAUCCUGGCGGGACAGAUCAAGCCCACUAACGUGGCGGCUACAGCUACCACCACCUCGACCUCGAUCAGCACUGCGCAAGCAACACAGGCUCACGGCCGUGGUACGAACCAGCAAAAGCAUAAAGGCCACAAUAAUGUCGUUGCGAAUCAAGUGGGUGGUACGGCGCCAUCGGUUGCUCCAGACCCUGUAGCCGCGUCUCAAGCGGGCGUCUCGUCAUCGAGUGCAAUUCCGACAGCUACGCCACAACAGCAAGCAGCGGGAGGCUCAUCUACUGUGCCAGAAUCGAAAUCUACUGCAAUUGAUUCUAUUUCAUCUGUGAUAGCUACUUCAUCCGCAAUCACAUCGGCUACUUCUACAUUGAAAGUGCAAGCAACAGCAACAGCCUCUCAAACCAACAAAACAACCAGUAAACAAGCUCCCACUACAUCAUCUGCUUCAAAUACUGUCGGUACCACUCUAACAACGGCCACACGGGCUCCUAAAAGUACUACGACGACCACACGGGCUUCAAAAUCAUCAGUCUCUUCUACUUCGUCUUCUGCUUCUUCUGCUAUCAUUGGAUCGCACAAGCACGGCCGGAGACAUGCUCGUUCAUUCCCUACCGAUAAAUAG